UAUCGUGGAGGUUUAUGUAUUUUUAUUUUUCAGUGAGUGGAAGGUUAUGAAACUUUCCCGAAAAAUAUAAAAUAAUGAAUUCAUUAAUUAAACAAUUCUCGCUCCUUUGUGCAAGUAAGCAAUUACAAAGCACAACAAAAGUCCUUAUACCUGCCUGCUCGUUUCAUACGAGCGACUCUCUGAACAAGCGAUGGAAUAAAUUCAACACCGGGCCACAGAAGUUCCUGCAAAACAACAAGGUUGUCCAUCCACCACAAGAACCUGAUGAGGAACCAAGAAAAGCGUAUGUUUGUCACAUGACAACAAACAUUAAAUACAGUCCCGAUAAAAUGUGGUACAUUGCAUCGUUGGUUCGUGGUCUAUCAGUGGACGAAGCAGUGAAGCAACUUAAUUUUGUUCUCAAGAAAGGUGGACGUUAUGUUAAGCAGACUAUUCUAGAGGCACAAGAUAUGGCAAUUAAAAGACAUAAUGUUGAGUACAGGAGCAAUUUAUGGAUAUCCGAAUCAUUUUGUGGUAAAGGACGUUAUUAUGUAGGCAUGAGACGUCAUGCUCGUGGACGUGCUGGUAGAGUGGAAUACAAGCACUGCCAUUACUUUGUUCGAUUGGAAGAAGGUGAACCACCAAAGCACUACUACCUACCACAUCCGGCUACACCUGAAGAUCAAUUCAACAAAUGGAUGGAACAAAUGCGAAACAGGAAGAUCACCAGUUCGUUAUAAAUAUGAUUUGUUUGUUAAAUUUAAUUAUAUGAAAAUAGCAUAAGUCAAAUGAAGCUUAAUUGAAAAAGCCUAAAAUAAAAUUUUAACAUCCUGUAAACAAAACUAAAAA